UGAGGCUCUAUGUAGUACUCACCAGCUAGUCUUCAAGAACGCUUACUCACACUCCGAAGAAAGCUAUGGCACAAAAAGGAUGUCUGAUUCUCCUCCUUGUGGCUAUACUUUUGCUGGAUCAGAUCCUUGGCCAGGCUUCCAAAGCUAGAAAACACAGUAAAAGGAGGGUGAAAGAAAAGAAUGGUGACCUAAAGACCCAAAUUGACAAGCUUUGGCAAGAGGUAAACUCCUUGAAAGAAAUGCAAGCACUACAGACAGUCUGUCUUCGUGGAACAAAAGUGCAUAAGAAAUGUUACUUGGCAUCUGAUGGUGCCAAACAUUUUCAUGAAGCAAACGAAGACUGCAUAGCCAAGGGAGGGACUCUUGCCAUCCCGAGAAGUGCAGAUGAAACCAAUGCCCUUCGAGAUUACACCAAGAAGAGUAUGCCAAAUGUGGGAGAUUUUUGGCUGGGUGUCACAGACAUGGUCAACGAGGGGAAAUUUGUUGAUGUCAACGGAAUGGUCCUCAACUACUUCAACUGGGACCGAUCACAACCCAAUGGAGGGAAACGGGAAAAUUGUGUCUCGUUUUCCCACUCAGCUCAAGGAAAAUGGGUCGAUGAAGUCUGCCGUACUGUCAAACGAUAUGUGUGUGAAUUCCUUAUCCCAUAAGCUCAUUUGUUCCUUUUAGGCAGCUUCCUACCUUCUUCUGAGAAGACACAUUGUUAAUGAUGUACACCAGUAUAACAGCAGCAUAUAUUUUGUCUUUCUUUUGUUCUUUGUCAUUGAAGAGGGAAGCAUCUACAAUUUUCCAGGGAUCAUCCGCCUCCCUCAAUAUGAACAUGCAGUGACCAGGGAAAGUGGUGGGUUGUUAGAGUUGUGCAUGGAAUUUGUUCCUACUAUUUCUACCAUUUCUUCCAAAUCUGUUUCUUUGGAAGCACAAAACAGGAAUCAUAGAAUCAAAGAGUUGGAAGAGACCUCAUGGGCCAUCCAGUCCAACCCCCUGCCAAGAAGCAGGAAUAUUGCAUUCAAAUCACCCCUGACAGAUGGCCAUCCAGCCUCUGCUUAAAAGCUUCCAAAGAAGGAGCCUCCACCACACUCCGGGGCAGAGAGUUCCACUGCUGAACGGCUCUCACAGUCGGGAAGUUCUUCCUAAUGUUCAGAUGGAAUCUCCUCUCUUGUAGUUUGAAGCCAUUGUUCCGCGUCCUAGUCUCCAAGGAAGCAGAAAA